GUUUCAUAUUGUUAAUUUAUUCUUAAAGUGUACCUAUUUAAAUUUAUAAUAAAAAUUACUCUUAAUUGCAUAUUUUCUCAGUCUUUACAACUUUAUUCUAUCUUCAUGGUUGUGUGUUGGUGCAUAUUGAUAUGUAAUAGUAGAUAUGUCGAAAAUAUUUUCGGAGUCAGGGAUAAUUAAGCAAAAGAAAGUACCUCGUCGUACUAUACUUCGUUCUUUGUAUGAUCGUGAGAUUAAUGGAACCAAAAUUCGUAUGAAUUGUGUCAAAGCUACUUAUCAAACCGUUUAUCCCAAUUGUACAAUAAUAAAUGUUGAGAAACCUCCAUGUUAUUUACGAAAAUUUACUCCUGAUGGCCGACACUUCAUAGCUUUUUCUCAUGAUCAAACCUCUAUUGAAGUGUAUGAUUAUUUAGGAUGUUCAAUGGCAGCUAAUUUGUUGAAGAAUUAUGAAGGAAAUUGUAUUGGUCAAAAUAAUGAAGGUGAUAAUGUCCGUAAGCGAAUAUUUGAAAGGUUAUUUAAACUGAGGUAUAGAAUAAGAGUUUCACCUGAAGGAGAACAAUUGAAUAGAGAAUGCAGUUUAUUCACAGAAAAUGGCCAUUAUGCUGUUGUAGGUUCUGCUGCAGCUAUUCCUGAGGAUAUAAGACCUCAAUUCUAUGAAAUUUAUACUAAUAAUGAAGCUGUUAGUCCAAAUCCUCUAUUACCUUUAGAAGACUAUACUAUACAUUUAGUAAACUUAAAUAUUGGUGCUGUGAGUCACUAUCUGAACUUCAAAUCUGAUAAAAUAUUUUUAUCUCAUAACCAAGGAUUAUAUUUGUUUAACAAUACACUUGCUGUUCUGUCAGUUCAACAUCAAAUUAUACAUGUUUAUAAAAUUAUUCGAAACAGUUUUUGCUUGGUAAGAAAAAUUGGACGGUUUUGUUAUGAAGAUGAUCAUUUAUUAGUUACAUCAGUUUAUACAAUUAUGAAUCGUGCAAUGUAUAGACCUUUUAGAGAAAAUAGCAUUAAUGGGUUAAAACACAAGUUAAUGGUGUUUUUGUAUAAAAAAUCUGAACGUGAAUCCAAAAGAAGUGGAUCACAAUAUCCUCUAAGAAAAUUUUAUCAAUAUUUUAAUCAAUUUUUGUCAUUGCGAAUGUGGAAAAUGCAAUUAUUAGAUGAAGAACAUAUACUUAUCAGAUAUGCUUCAGAAGAAGUAGCUACAAUUAAAAUUCAGGAACCCAAUACACAAGCAUCAUUUUUCAUGGUUUAUAAUAUGGCUACAACCACAGUUUUAGAGGUCUUUGAGAACACAUCUGAUGAAUUAUUGAAAAUAUAUGAACAUUUCUGUGAUAAUUUUCGUAACUCAUAUAUUAACCCAGAAGGAUUUAUGCCUUGUUCACCAGCAAAUAAUAUUCAUUCAUGGGAAUCACAUCAAAAAUUUAAAAAUACAAUUAUAAAUGCUAAAUUUGGUGGUACAAUGGAAGCAAAUAAACGAAUAUUAGGUCAAUUACCAGUAGCAGCCCAAUCAUUCACUAGUUCUCCUUAUUUAGAUACGUCUCUGUAUAGUUAUGAUGAAAAGUGGGUGUCACCCAUGGAAAGACCUAAAGUAGUAGGUGAAUAUCCAAUAAGAUUUUAUUCAAGGGAAUCAGGACUAUUAAGUUUUUGUUUGUAUACUAGCGAAUCGAAAGGACCAACCCUUGACCGCAGACGUCUAGUAGCAUUUACAUUCCAUCCAACAGAUCCUUUUGCUAUAAGUGUUCAAAGAGAUAACUUUGAGUAUGUUGUUAAUUUUCAUAUACGAAAAGUAUACAUGCCGGAAUAAUGAAAAUAUGAAUAUUUAAGCCAAGGAUUUAAUAAGUUCACAAUUUGAUCUUUCAUUCUAUAUGUGAGAAAUUAUAAGAAUGAAUAACAAACAUCAUAUAGUGUGGAAAAUCUCUAGUCUUUUUGUAUUUUGAGUUAUUUUAAUGUUUAUUUUACAAUACAACUAUGGAUAAGUUUUUUUUAUAAAA